AACCUGCACUGUGUCUACACCAUUGAUGCAGGAGAGACAUUGGUCACUCUUGUAUUUGAAGAUUUCAAUACGGAGUCAUGUUGCGAUUUUGUCAAGGUUUAUGACGCCUCUGACAACCUCCUUGUCCAGCUAAGUGGAGACAGACGGGGCUUCAUUGUUCAGUCAGCCGUCUACUACCGUGUUGUGUUUACCACAGAUUAUAUGAAUGAUGGGAAUGGAUUUAGAUUUAAGGCUGUAUGGACAGUGACUACAAAUGAACAUGCCAGGUUUGGCGGCUAUGCCACGUUGUCAUGGACUCUCCCGGAGCGUGGGAUCAGGAAGUUCAGUGUGUGCAAGAGUGAGACAAUGAAAUGUCUUCUUCACAUCACAGGAUAUAAUGAUGUCAGAGCUGCCAGUGACAAGUUCACAUCUAGAGUGAGAUUCAUUGGAAACGUGUCAUCAUCGGGAACUGGUUUGUUCAGAUUCAUGCUCUCUGAUGUAACCUGGGAAGACGAAGGUCAGUACAGGUGCUACAGAGGCUCACCAGACUCAGGAGGACAAAUCAUCCCUGACUGUGGACAAAAGUUGGAAGUGCUGGGAUGCGGUGGGCGUUACACAGGCUCCUCUGGCUCCAUCUCCUCACCUAACUACCCUGGCAAUUAUGACAACUACCUGAACUGUGUCUAUAUCAUUGAUGCAGGGGAGACAUUGAUCACUCUCGUAUUUGAAGAUUUCUAUGUGUCGUUGUAUUGGAACGAUGUCGUCAAGGACUUGCAGGGGACCUGGAUGAAAGUCAGAAAGUUUAGACAGAAGUUCAUUCCAGCAAAGAGUUAUGUUCCUUGGUACCUUGCUUGAAAUGCAAUUUGAAGACAUUUGUACAUGAACAAUAAUACCUAAAUGCUUUUCCUUGGAGAAAGACUGACACCACAAAUCAAAACAACGCACACUUACCGGGUACAAAUGAUAUCUUAACAUCAUACUUGCUGUCAUGGCCUUGAAUCUAAGCUACAGUGGCAACGCCCACUUGUCUUAUACAGUCAUUUGAAGACAAUAAACUGCUGAUCCAAUAUAAUAAUAGGACCCUUGUUCGUCAUACAUGGCGACUAAACUGGAUCGGUUGGUCUGACGCAGUGACCUUUUUGGAUGCAUGUCAUCAUAAACUGGCGUUGCUCAUGAUAUCAAAUAGUUUUGUCUGGUCCAGACUUUCAAUCACAUACAGAUUAAUGGAAUAGCAAGGUACUGCUGACUGUAUUGUAAACAUAAAAGCGACCAGAUACAAAUAUGCCUUUAGCAUGCUUAACUAAUUAAUGGAUCAAUGACAACUCAUCAGAAUUAACUGAAAUCUUCCGCCGUCUUCUGUUCUUUUAUCAGCAAUAUAUUUUAUUUGCAUCAAGUGAAUCAUCAGUCAGUCAAAAGCUAUUGUUUUCUCACAUUAUAAUGAGUCAAUUUAAGUGCAAUAAUUCUUCAUGUAAGUGUUUCUUUAGAGAGAAAAAGAACAGGCGGGAUGACAAAAUCGCUUAAGGAAGAGUUUGUAUGAAAGUGAAAUGUAUAAUAUAUUAUUUUUAGCACAAUUUUAAAACUGUCUCACAUGUGCAUAAUGUUUACCGGUCCAGUCCACAUGUUAAAGAAGAUAAGGAUAUGUUAUUGUCGCAUUAUUAAUAUACUGAUAGAGACUGAAACGAAUAUGAUACAUUUGUAUUUUAAACUACUAAACACUAAUGGUCACUGUGAGAGUUGCAAGGUCCUGGUUAUACACUACAGUACAAACAUAAAUGCAUAUGGUGGUUUCUGUCCAAUAGCGGUAAACAAUAUCAAACCAAGUUUUUGUAUGACAGAAGUACAAUAUUCAAUACACAAAUACACAGUCCAGGCUAAGUAACACAGUCAUUAAAAAACAUUUUAUAGUGCCCCUACAUAAGCACAGUGUUUAUUUUACAUCUGAUUAGUCAAAGUGAUAAAGGUAAGAUUUACACACCGCUAUUUAAGUUUAUACCUCUAUAAACGAAAAUACUAUUGAAGUCAAUUCUUUUAAAUAAAUAAGUCAACAAUAAUUAUUUCAGAGACUGCUUUUAUUUUUAUUUUCAUAAACACUAUAGACAACGAUACGAAAUCAGUGACAUCGGUCAGGAAACAGAAGUCCGCUAGUGGGCAUGUUCUAGUUCAUGUUAAAUUUAUGGAAACAAAAAAUUGAUUGGUUAGCCAAUAAAAUUCCAUGGAAUCACUUGCAACUUAUUUAUUGAUAAUACGAUUUAGUUUAAUUUUUUGUACUGUCGAGGCUUAAUCUACGUGUCCUUGGGACCUAGGGGCCAACAUUCAGCCGCAAGUGCUCAACCAAAAAAUCUUUGAAUUUAACCUAAACAAGACCAAAAAAAAUCACCAAGGUGGCCAUUUAGAAAAUCGGAAUCAAACCUCUGGGACAAAUUCAGGUUUCAUCAGUGCUGGGAACAUACAUGUGAAGUUUCGUCAUCAUUGGACCAGUGGUUUUAUGAGAAUAUGCAAGAUGCAAGAUGGACACCGGACCAAAAGACCACAGUAAAAAGCUCCUUUUACUUUCAGUCAGGUCAGCUUCUAGACACUGAUUAAGCUAUGAAUAGUUUGAAUAAACAGCAUCAAAAGUUACUAUGAGGCCGAUUGUGCAAGUCAGUUUAUGGGAGGUUCAAAGUCAAUAGAAAUGACAUGAAAC